AAUUAAUCUCUAAUUCAUUUAGUACUACGUGUCGAUACAAUUAAGUUGAAAGAUGCAUACGGUUCUUACAAGAGGAAAUGCCACAGUUGCUUAUACAUUAUCUGUUUUAGCAGGUCUUACAUUUUGUUGCUUUAUUUCUACUGUUUUUCUUGACUAUAGAGUUACUUCUUAUAUUAACACUGCCAAGAUCUUGGUAAAAAAUGUCCCGGAUUAUGGAGCAUCCAGAGAAAAACAUGAUUUGGGAUUUAUAACUUUUGAUUUGGAGGCCAAUUUAACAACUUUAUUUAAUUGGAACGUAAAGCAGCUUUUCUUAUUUCUAACUGCUGAAUACAAAACGCCUGACAAUGAAUUGAAUCAAGUUGUUUUAUGGGACAAAAUUGUGCGUCGAGGAGAUAUCGCAGCGCUCAACUUUAAGAACUUAAAUACCAAGUACUACUUCUGGGAUGAUGGAAAUGGUUUAAGGAACAAUCAUAACAUCACUCUUUUUUUGUCUUGGAACAUAAUACCCAAUGCUGGCCUGCUUCCUACCAUGAAGUCGUUAAACUCUCAUAUGUUUAAGUUUCCUGCGGAAUAUGCAUCGGCAUUGAUUUAAAAAUGACAUAAAAACUGUAGUAACAAGAAGGCAAAUGAAGUAUUUCACUUUUGAAUAA